UGUAUGUACAGUACAAAGUUUCACACUGACUCUUCCCAAAGGCUUCUGGGAUUGUUUCCAAGAUGGCUGCGCCCACAGGGAAAAGUCGCGCCGAUUCGAAAUCAGGCAUACAUGUGUGAAACAUUAUGGGAAGCUGUAAACAUCAAGGGACGAUAUCAGAUGCAGUGCAAAAAAAUGCUGACAAAGGAAAGCAGUUGCUUGAAGAACUUAUAAACUAACUGUCUAUGAAAUGUAUAUUACAUCUGGUAUUGCAAGACCAAGGUCUGUAGAUAGAUUGUUGUCAAUCCUAUGGCAAAUACAACAAAUUCAGAACUUCUCAACCACAUGGUCAAACAGCCAAUGGGAGUUCAGGAAACAUUGGAGACAUUUGAGGACAGCACACAGUCCUCACAAGUCUUCCUAUUGGUCAGAGAGGUACAUAUAUUCAGGACCUUUCACCAAUCACAUUGCAAACUCUUCAACUAAUCAGAGUGCAAGCUCUUCAACCAAUCAGAGGACAGGACCACCAUGGAGGAUUUUGUUCUUUGGAAGUGAUGAAUUUUCAGUGGAAGUUCUGAGGAAACUUCAGACUGACCAAACCAGAACCAAGUCUGCAGAGAGAGUUGUGGAGAAGUUAGAAGUGGUGUGUUCCCCAAAGAGAGUUCCCAUCAGGACAUAUGCAGAUGAGCACCAUUUACCCCUCCAUGAUUGGCCGUUGCAAAGAUCAUGUGACCAGUUUGAUGUGGGCGUGGUGGCCUCUUUUGGCUUCCUCAUCCCCAAAAGGAUCAUCAGACUUUUUCCACUCGGCAUCCUUAACAUCCAUCCCAGCUUGCUGCCUCGAUGGCGCGGGGCGUCGCCGGUGUUCCACACAAUACUCCAGGGCGAUGACGUCACAGGGGUCACAAUCAUCCAUAUCACACCAAGGUUUGAUGUUGGUCCAAUCCUACAGCAGGAGUCUGUCUCUGUACCAGACAGAUGCCAUGCCAUACAGCUGGGCAGUAUGCUGUUUGACAAAGGAGCAGAUAUGCUACUGCAGUGUCUCAGGAAUCUGCCAGAGAUGUUGGGGAAUGCAGUAGAACAGCCUUCUAGUGGUGUUACAAAUGCACCAAAGUUAUCUGUGGACCAAUCCUGGGUGAGGUGGGCAGAGCAGAGCUGUCAGGAGAUUGACAGACUAUGCAGGAGUGUGGGUCAAAAGUUGCCUUUGAGAAGCAUGUGGAAUGGCAGAACAGUGAAACUGAUGGACAUAAUGGAUCCUACUAUUACUAAAGAUCUGGCCAUCCCUGUAUCAGACCCCAAACCUGGCAGUUCUCACUACCACAAACCAACCAACUCAGUCUGUAUCAGGUGUAAGGAUGGCUGGGUUGGGUUCAGAAGCAUCCUUCUGAAGAAGACGCUCACAGCUCAGGAGUUCUACAAUGGCUACCUGUCCAGGGGACAUCUCAAGGAUAAACUGUUUGAAAGUAGCUCAUCAACAGCCAGCUGACAAUAAACAGAAACACCACAAAUGAA